AUGUUAGAAGUGAAUAAGAGAUUAUCAAGAAAAGUACAGUUGAAAGAAGAUAUGGCGGCUUAUUAUCUUGAGAAAAUCGCAGACCUAGAAUCUGUUAUUGACCAGCUUCGGGAACAAAAGCAACAAACAAUAGAAGAGAAAGUCGUUUCAUUGACUGAGAUGGUUAAUGCUACUGAAAAACGUGUAGCUCAGUUGAUGGAACAGUUGGAGGCUUUCGAAGAAGCUGAGGCUCAGAAUUGUGAGGCUUCUGACAACGAUGAUGAGGUGGCCAGUAGUGCACUGUCGGACGAAGUUAAAUGGUUGGAAGAUGAAAUAUCCAUGGUGAAAACUACUAUGGAACUGGAGGAGUCAAAGCAUCGUCUACGAAUCCUUGAGCUAGAAGAGGGUCGUGAUAGUUUGCGGAAAGAUAUCACUGAACUGGAACGUCAACUAAAGGAACGUCAAUCAAAACUACGGGAUACUCAAGCUCAGUGUGAAUCCUUGAGAAUGCAACUCAAUUCUACGAGAAAUGAACGCGAGAAUUCUGCACUUUCUCAAAUUGAAGAUCGACGCCGACGUGCUGAAAAACUGAUUGUUCGACAGCGGGAAAUGAUCAGUAAAUUGAAAGAAGAUUUGCAGCGUUCAGAAACAGAAAAUAAGCUUAAAGUCAAUGAAUACAUGGCGGAAAUGAAGAAAAAAUACUUCAAUCAAGAUAGAGUAAAUAAAUUAUUAGUUGAAAGAGAGAGAGUUUACUCCAGGAGAAUGCAAAACUUACUCAUCAAUUACAAAUUUGUGAAGGAAUUGAGUUGGAUCGGAACUGUGAAAUUGUGA